CUUUAGAUGUGGUUGAUCGGCAGAGAACGGCAGAGGGAAAAGGGGAGCGAGGGAAUAACGGGAACUGGGUCGGUUUGGAAAUAAGCUUAAACAGAGGGAAACGUGGAGGAGCGUGGAAGCUGAGAUACUUAAAAGAGGCUGGGAUCAUCUGUUUCCGCUCCUUGGCAUCUGCAGAUGGAGGAGUAGCCAGUGGAGGACUGGAAUGAAAGAAGAGUCAGAGAGAGAGGGAUGAAGAUGCUCUCCACUUUCCACCUGGAUCUCCUAGUUCAUCCCAUUAGCUUUGUUUAGAGUUACAAGACUAGAUCUGCUGCUUAUUUGUUUUAUUAACUCUUGCUUGUCUCUUGGCAGACCAAACUUAUUGGCAUUUUGGCAAGAUUUUAGUAUUUCCUACCACUUGAGACGCACAAACACUCAACGACGCACAAAUUAUGGCAAACAUGUGCCCAUAUGGCAGCUUCACCCACGCCGUGGUACGGGGCAUCCCAGAGACUUUUGGGAAAGCGGCGGAAGACGGUCGUGAGAACGGGGAGAUCUCAGUGGACAUGGCUAAAGCUCAGCGUCAGUUUGGUUGCCUGACAGGAGCCCUGAGGCAGAAAGUGGGCCUGCAGCUGAUCGAGAUCCCCCCUGACCCUGAGCUGCCAGAGAGCUGGAGAAUAGAGGAUGUAGCGGUCAUCCAGGGAGACACAGCGCUCAUCACCAGGCCCUUCAAACAGCAGAGACGCAGUGAGGCGGAGGCAGUGAGGAGGGUGAUGUCAGAGCUGAACCUGACUGUGGUGGAGAUGGGGGCUGAAGAGGGGGACUCUGGAGGGGCCACACUGGAGGGCAGCGAUGUCCUCUUCACGGGGAGGGAGUUCUUUGUUGGCAUCUCCUCCCACACCAACCGGAGAGGGGCGGAAGUGCUGGCAGACACUUUCAGGGACUUUGCUGUGUCCACUGUCCCUGUUUGUGGCGGAGCCCGACUGAAAAACAUCUGCUCCAUGGGGGGUCCAGACACGAUCGUCAUCAGCAACAGCAACGGGGCCAAGAAGACACUCCGGAUGAUGGAACAGCUUACUGAUCACCACUAUGAAGUGCUCACUGUUCCAGAGGAAUCAGCAGCAAACUGUGUCUACAUCAAAGGCCCGUCUAAUCGGGACUUCCUGCUCCACCGGCCUGCAGAGGAAUGUCCUGACAGCGUCUCUGCCUUCCAGAAGCUCCAGGACUACACCCUCCUGCCGACAGCCUGCAGCGAGGCCUCCAAGCUGGGAGCGUCUCUGUCUUCUCUUUGCCUCCUCAUCAACAGAAAGCACACGUAUUUCUGAAAAAACACUUCCAAACACCAGCACGUCACACAGCGUUUACCUGGACAUGUUCAUGGUGGCCACAUCACAGAUUUCCAGUUUAAAGUUCUUGUCUAUUUAUUGCUGGGGGGGAAACACUGACACAGCAUCCAUAUGAGACUAUGAUCCAAAUGCAACUUCUGCAAACAGGCAUACUGUAGAAUACAAGCUGAUUCUUGGCACCGCUGCCCCCCCCGCUAAUCCGAAAGUGCAGCAUGCUGUCCUUCUCACAAAACUCUAAUGUAACUAACCACUAAAUUCAGCUGUAACUGUUUUGAUUUGUUACAAUAACUUAACCGUUUCUACAGACAACCGCUGAGCUGACAAAUGUCAAAAGAAAAGGGUACAGGGAACAGACAAUGGUACAAGUGUUUCUGUACGUUUAAAUCCUUUUUAAAUAUCACAGAAUGAAUACAAUCAGAUUAGCUAAUGUAUGAGAGAAAACCACUAAGGCAUAUGGCCUAGAAUUAGUUUUUCCAUUACUUCCCGCAGUCCUAACAGAUUUGUGACCUGAAUUGAUCAUACAUCAUGAAAUUAAUAAAACCAGUUUAGUGAUUCAUAAAAUUGACACCGUUUAUAGCAGGCAAGACUUAAGACUUUUUGUUUUUGUUUUUAAAUAAAGAAACUGAAUUCAGUGCUUUGACACUGUGUGGUACCCAAAUUCAAGUCUGCGGAUUUGUGAGUGUUAGAGCCUUUAUUUCCAUUAGAUAUGUGGUACCUCUUCAAACAUUAACUUUUACUGACCGGUAGAGAUGCAGAAUUUUUUAAUUGUUUUAGCUUUCUUGUGUAUAAGUUUGUAGUAAGUACAAAGCCAAUAAAGUUCAACUGACAACUUAA